AUGGGAUGUCAUCAAUCAACCCCCGUGCCGCGUAUUAAGCAAGACCCAAAGGAACCAGCCGACUCGGACCAAACUACUAACGAUUCCUUCCAUGAGUUGUCAGAUAACUUUAAUUUAACUGGUCGCUCCCAAGGAACUCCUAGGACAGCAUGCUCUUUUGGAUUCCUUAUAGAGCAAACAGAAAACUAUCAGAUAUACGAAUAUAUGUUUCAAGAUGAAAUCGGUAAAGGAUCUACAACAAGAGUAUAUCAAGUUUUGAACGUCGAAACGAAUCAAACAUAUGCAGCAAAAGUUUAUUCCAAAUCGUUACUCACGAAACAAGUCCUUCUUGGAUGUAACUCUGCUUUAGACAACUUAAAAGAAGAAAUAGAAGUUCAAAGUAAAAUGAAUAAUCCUUACGUUUUGCCGAUUAUCGAAAUUAUAGAAGAUGAACCAUCAGAUUCUUUAAUUAUGGUUAUGCCAAUCGCCAAAUAUGGAAAUUUAAUUCAUUAUAUUGAAUCUCAAAAACCAGACGAAAAGAAUCUUGCCCUUUGCUUUUUUCAGAUCUGCAGUGCUAUUAAAUAUAUUCAUUCUAACAACAUUGUACACCGCGAUAUUAAGCCAGCAAAUAUUCUCGUUAUUGAUGUAGACAAUUUUUGCUUAGCGGACUUUUCAUGCUCUCGUAAACUUUCAUCCAGUGACGAAAUGUUGCUCGAUACGAAGGGAACCCCUGCAUAUUUGUCGCCUGAAGAAUGUAGCGGUGAUAUCUACUCUCCGAAGGCUACCGAUAUAUGGGCACUCGGAUUAUCAUUAUAUUAUGCAAUGUUUGGCUACCUUCCUUUUGAACUGGAAACAACAGUCGGUUCAGAAUUGGCUAAUUUGGUUUUAAAUGUCUCCCAUCUUCUUAAAGAAAAGGAACUCAUUAUUCCUGAAUGCUCUGAAGAGGUGAGGGAUUUAAUUUCAAAACUUUUGGUGAAAGAUUACAGGGAUAGAAUUACUAUUGAAGAAGCUUUGAACCAUCCAUGGUUCAAGAAGUUUCAGUAG